CGGUUGAGUUACUCAUACGUAUACGUCACUGGUUCGGAAAUCAUUGUUGAUAACUAUUCUGGUUCCACCCCUGUGGGAUACCCAGGAGUCGAAGCAGUAGAGUGGUUAUAUUUCAUAAAACGGAGUGACUGUAUGGACUUAAAGGCUAAUCAUUAGUGUACACCUGUGUAGAAGGACGUAUACACUGACAUAUAUCGUACGUUACUAUAGCCUUAAUCUGGGAUUUUUAGUGUGCCUCCAGAAGGAAAGCAUAGUCAAAGGACAUUUAUAUAUAUACCGGUUAUUGUGUAAGACACCAUGCCAGCCUCUGGGAUGAAGAGAGCGGAGCGGAGACAGACGAUACCGCUUCGAAAGAGCGACACUGAACAUCUUUUCGAUUUCUUCAUGCACAAACAAAAGCUGAAGACUCUCCCGUCCGAGUGUGACGUUACAACGGGAGUUCAGCGCGUACUGGAGAGCACCACCACCACCACAAGUACCGACGCCAACACCAAUUCACUACAAGUUGAGGAACAGCAACAGUUUAAACGAACCAACAGCUACCGUAAGGCAACUAGACUCUCUAUAUACGAUAACGUUGAAGACAUGGCACCUUCGCCAUUCCAAAUGACAGAGGACAGAAUGUUCAAGAAAGAGGAUUAUGAUUACCGGAAGUAUAAAACACUGCCUCCAGAGUCGGCUACACUGAGGAGAGCAAGUCACAGAAAGAGGAAAUCUUCUGAAGCUCAAAUGAACAAUAACAAUAACAACAAAUCUACCAAUUAUAAUGAGAAAUCCCCACACCACAUUCAACGGUCUGGAAGCAUAGCAUCUAGUGAUACCGAUGGCGAGGAUGAAGUGAGUAUUAACACUAUUGACAGGAAAAAGAAAAGCGCUUUUAAGAGAGCAAAGGAACGUAUUUUACAAACAUUUACUAAACAAAAGAAAACUGACGAAGAAAAGAAGAAGAAGAAGAAGAAGAAAUCAAAAGCCAAACAAUCUCCACCUUCUAAAAAGAAGACCCAAAGAGAUCGCGGUAAGGAUGGCGGGAAAGUUAAGGACGAAUGUGUGGUUGUUAUGGACGAAAAUGGUCAUUCCACGUCACAUGUGACCCAAACUCGUCAUGGCAAUAUUCUGGUCCGUCGCGAAGAGUCAAUGGACGUCAAGGAUUGUGUGACUCCGUCCAGUCCUUGUGUUCAUUCGGAAUCCCACACCAUGGUGACCGAUACUCGAGACCUUUCUACCAAGUCCAAACCCACAGCAAUUACAAGAUUGAGGAGGAGUAUGCGCCGAAAGUUUUCAGAUGCAUCCAAGUCACCAAAAGAAGAAAACAAAGCUGGUCCUAGUUCUAUAAACGUCUCCACUUCCGGUUCCGACCAGAGACGACGUCUGAGCCGCCACACAUCGCUAUCCUCUCCUUCUAGUCCUUGUCCGGUCGGCCAGUUCCGGCAGCCGGCCAACACCGUCACCAAGGUAUUCGAAGCCAUCAUCUCCCAGGACGCCGAACAAGAGGUUCCACAGGGACGUCGAACCCGGUCAGCCGCGAGAGGCGGUGUCAAUGUUUUGGGGGACAGGUCCAGACUCCAACUGAAUGGACUGGUCCCGUGUCAUCCCCUUCCCCAUUCGUUACCCAGCUCUGGGAAUUUCUCGGCGGACAUUGAGACAGACACGCACACCAAAUAUGUGAGAAGUCCUGAUGGAUAUAUGGACGUUGUGACGGACGUACAUGAAAGUGUGCACAUGUGUCCAAUGGAGGUCGACGAUGUGGAGGCGGACUGUCCGAACGACAGAGUUGAUGGAUUCGAACCUGUAGCAAAGAAGGGUCGUGGGAGCAGUCGGAGGAGGCUGCUGUUGGGGACUGAGGAGAAUCCGAUCCCGUUUGAUCAACUGUCACAAGAUGAAAAGAACAAACGUAUUGAAAGUGUGGCCAACCGAUUGGCAGUCAUAGCUGAUAACUAUGUCACCAGGGCGGAGAGUAGCCAGUCAGACAACGAGUGUCAGUCCCCUACCACUCAUCGAGCAGGGAGACAUCCCCCGGACAGACUGAACUCAAUAGAGAGAGACUUGGUGAUGGAGUUACGGAAGGAAGGCGAUCGCCUGUCUGAAACAAUGAACAUGCCGUCCCUCAUCAUGCCGAUAGCCAUACAGUUGGUAAAGGAAACGGACCAGUAUAACCGCUUCACCAAAGUAGUGGAAUCGUCGCUAGGGGGCACUGUGGGUUGGCAUAACGUUGCCAUGUAUUUCUACGUUACUAAGGCAGCGGUACAAAUGGCGGGCGCAGGCGGCGCGGUGGCGCUGAGACUCAAGGACAUGGCUCUUCAGUACUUCUCGGACAGGUUCGCGGGCUGGAUAACGGACAGAGGAGGAUGGGAUUCAGUUUUGGAGGAAACGGAUUCAGAACUGGAUUGAUAGGGCAGAGGCCAACAAAGAGGACCCCAAAUCUCUGUGGAACAUGGGAACCGAUUGCCGGUCUGCAUGUGAAGCUUGAACUUGAAUCUUGUGCCCGUGCGGUAUACACGGAGCAAGCAUUUGAAUGACGAAUCUGUCAAGGAUUCUCACAGUCGGAUAUUCGAAACGACAGAAUAGUUUCAACAGGAACCUUCCUGGAACUUUCCUGGAACUUUUCAAAAAUAUACAGAAGGUAUUCCAUCAGAUAGGGACCGGUAUUUCGACCGGUAGCUUUACUUCUGUGAACAUGACUUAUUUGACCGGAUCCAGAUGUAUGACGUCAUCACCAAUUGCCAGAACGUGACUUGCUCAUCUGGUCGGAACUUCAUCAAGAAGUGUUCUUGCUUAUCCAGGAGAUGUAUUGAGAAAGAUCGAUAAAUCUUCAUAGCCGACAUGAUACGCAUAAACUUUGUGAUUGAUCCGUAUGAAAACCUGAUCUCAUCUUUCAUUUGACGUUGUAUUUAACUUGUUCCCAAAUAUUUUUUGUGCAAUCUUUUUUUCUUAUUGGAAUCUAUUUGGGACAUUCCUUAAGGAUGUCUGUUAGUGUGACUUUUAAUAUUUGAUCUCGGGCAAAGACAAUACAGACAUGAGUUGUGAUCCAUUCUGUAGAACUUGUAAUCGCCGAGAUAUGCGUCGCUUUAUAUAUUUUGAACUUCAUGAAAACGUCAGUUACGUAUUAAUGUAUUAAAAAGUGUACGAGUCAGAGAGGACGAGAGAGAGAGAGAGAGAGAGAGAGAGAGAGAGAGAGAGAGAGAGAGAGAGAGAGAGAGAGAGAGAGAGAGUGUGAGAGUAUCCCGAGUACGAAGUACUACAUGUAUCAUAACGAGACCGUGCGAGUGAAUGACAAAUAAUUAUGUUUUAGGAUUACGGUGGUCAAUAUAUUGCUCAAAAGUAACUCAGGGUAAAUCACCGGGUAUACAUUUACCAUGUCUAGCCAUCUGAUAGCCUAUUAAGACAUUGACGUCACUAAAUGGUGCCACACCAGGAGCGGUGAUUGUCUUACUAAUCUAAUGUCAGAAAGAUACAGAGACCUGCAAAAUGGAGGUCCCGUGUAGGAAGGUAAUGUUCGCACGCUAAACAUCACAAUAUUUACUUAAACAGCCUUGGUUAUUAGUCUAUAUCGUUUCAAUGAAGUAAAUAUAAGUGGCUUAUGUGCAAUAACUUCGUUGGAAGACCAGCGAUAUUCUCUUAGUACCUGUGAUCAUGUGGUCAUCUUUUAUUUAGUCUGAUACAUUCUUUUGUCAAAUAUUAACUCGUAUUUUAUAUGUAAUCGUGCCACACUGCUGUAUCGUAGCUUAUUACCCUGUCGUGUCGGUACUUUGUAUACAAUACAGGUCCAGGUAAUUUUUACCUGUAAAAAUUGUAACAGGUAUGACAUCAUAUUGAUGUGACACUGCGGGGUAGAUAACUGGUCAGCUCUAUAAUAAAACGUGCAUACACUUUUAUCCAUUUGAUCAUGUGUUUCGUCUAUAAUUGGAAAUCAAAUUUCCAUUGCGUCACUUGUUUCAAUAUUCUGUUGAUAACGUCACAAAAUUGUUAUUUCCGAUGCUUUAAAUAUUGUGACCUAGUUUUGUUAUUUUAUCGGUUGUGAAACGCACAGUGUAAUAUUUAUUUAAAGAGUGGACUUUAAAUCAAAUCUGAAUUCCAUUUCGUUAAGCUAUUUUUUUUUUUUAUACAAUAUAGCGCACAACCUUUAAAGGGUUAACUUGCAAUAUGUAUAUUGUCAAAAUAAAUAUUUA